AUGCCUAGCCUGGUAGUGUCAGGGAUAAUGGAAAGGAACGGGGGCUUCGGGGAUCUGGGCUGCUUCCCAGGGAGCAGCAAGGACAGGGCGCUGCUGGAGGAUGACCGGGCGCUGCAGCUGGCCCUGGACCAGCUCUGCCUACUGGGCUUGGGGGAGCCUUCGGCCGCCGCCGCGCCCUCCGCCUCGGCCCUGGGGGUCGGUGGCGGGGCGGUGGAGGACGGCAGCAGCAACCAGCCGGCGCAGCCCCCGGCGCCGCCCCCGCCGCAGCAGCAGCCCCAGCCGCCUCAAGCGCCCCUGCCACAGCCGCCGCCGCCUCCUCCUCCUCCGCCAGCUUCAGCUUCAGCAGCGCAGCAGCAGCAGCCCCCGUCGCAGGCGGCUCCCAAAGGCUCCUCGGCGGCGGCGGUGGCCGUGAUCCCACCGCCGCCGCCGCCGCCACCCGCGCCCCCGACCGGCGCCGCCGCCGCCGAGGCCGGCAAGCUCUGCGUCCUGUACAAAGAAGCCGAGCUGCGCCUCAAGAGCAGCUCCAACACCACCGAGUGCGUCCCGGUGCCCAGCUCCGAGCACGUGGCCGAGAUCGUGGGCAGGCAAGGUGAGCGCUCCGCGCGCGAGAGAGGCUCGCCGGACGGGACUGCAGUGGGGAGGGGGCCGCGCUCCUCCGCGUUGCCCAUUGUCUGCGCAACCCCAGCCCGCCCGCCAGCAGCGCGCCCACACCGCCUCCCGGCUGGCUGGCUAGCUGGCUGGGCAGGCGUUGCGCCGGACGGGGGUCCUUCUUUCUUCUUGCGCACCCCCUCCGCUUUCUCUCUCUGUUCUCGAGUCUUUGUCAAGUGCCACUCCCCCCUCCGCUCUUCUUCCUCCCAGUUCUCACUUUCUCUCUCUCUCUCUCUCUCUGCACCGGUUCCCCCCUCUUUAUCUUUCUUCCUCGUUCCUUCUUUCCUUCCAUCUUUCUUUCUUCUUUCUUCCUCUCGCCCCUCUUUUGUCCCGAGUCCCACCGUUCUCUCCCUCCACUGAUGUUCGCCUCCUCGCCCUCCCUCCCUCCUUCCUUUCUUUGUGCCUCCAGUAAGUCUUUUCCUCCUGCUGUUGCUACCGUCGCUGCACUUGUUUUUCUGGCCUCUUCGCUCCCCCCCCCCCGCCACGUCUUUCCCAGUUUUGUCUGAGAACCUUCAUCCCAGAACCCCACUUCUGUCCUGUCUCCCACACCCCACCUCACGUCUUUCCUGCGCUGGUGAUGUUGCCCUUCUCGCCCCUCUUUCGUUUUCUGCUCCUUUCUUUUAUCCGGCCUUUCCAGCUCUCUCCCUGCUGCACCCCCUUCUUCCCCGUCGCUCCUGUUUCUUUCAGACUUUCCUUUAUCCCUCUUCUUUUCCUCCACCCGCCAUCUCUCUCUCUCUUCUCUCCCCCCCCUUCUCAAAAAAGUUCAACUUGCCCUUUCGUCUAGCCUCGCAAAAAAACCACUACUCUUGUUCCCACUGAGACACUUAAUGUUGACCUGGCUUAGAAGAGGGGGACAUCAGUAGAUGCAAAGUUAAAUAGUGUUUCACACACCACACCCCCACGCCCACUUCGUAGCUGCCUUUGCUUUGUAUAAAUCAUUUCCAGGGCCACUUGCUAGAUUUUCUCAUCUCACACUUAAGAUGAAUAAUGGCCACUGCAGGGGGUGGAAAUGGGGGUGGGGUCCUUCUCCAUCAGGCAUGGGGGGAAAGGCAAUGGAUGUCUUUUGAGAAAGGGUCACAAAUCCAUACAUUUUACUAGCCACACAGUGCACUGUAGAAAUAAAAAGCACUGGGGAUUCUAUCGCCCUAAGCUAGAUAAUAAAUAAAAUGCAUUAAAUUUAUAGGAGGGGAAAAUGGCAGAAAGUUCCUGUCUCUCUCUGUGCUUUCUGUCUUGUCUUGUCUCUCGUUCUGUUUUUCAAAAAUGGAAAUGCAAAAUCUGAAGUGCCCCCAAGACACUGUGAACACACGCCUGUUACUUUUAAUUGCAUCCAGAUCUAUAUUGUAUCUCUCUGGUCUUACAAAUAUUACAGUCUCCGUCUUGAAGAUUUGGUGCACUUGCCAUUUUCAAUGGGCUGGUGCUAGGGACUCGGUGGGGAAGGCUGAGAAAAUCCCCCCUUUUGUUGAGUGCAUUUCUGGAAGCAAAAGGGGGUGUGGUUCUCUUCUGGACUGUAAUAGUGGCUGGUGCGCAGGGCUGUGUGUGUGUGUGCAGAAAGGAGGCGAAUGCUUGGAGCCUAUAAAGGAUUGAAAAACAGAUUAAUGAAAGUUGAACUUGUUACAGAAAUAUGUGGCCUGUGUUUGUGUGUGUGCUUGUGUAGAGACGACAGUUUAUGUUUUAGAAGCCCUCCUUUUGUCUUCAUUUAUGCACACUUUUCUAUCCUGUGGCUUUUUUUAAGUGGUGCUCUCGCUACAUGACAGACAACAGCUGAGAGCCCUAAAAAAACAAAAUUACACCCCAUGUGUGUGUUAUGUCCUAUCCAUACCCCCAGAGGAAGAUGGCCAAUAAAUUGUCUACCGCCCCCCUCAUCUUCGUCAACACAAAGGUGCCAGAGUCUGCUAAAGUUGCCUUGUUUCAAAAGGAGGGGGGGGUCUCCCCACAUUGAGUUGUUGUUGUUAAUACUCGUGUGUGUGUGUGUGUGCGUGUGUUGUCAGCCCUGGAGAUGUGGUUGUGACUCCCAGUUGUAUAUACCACAAUGAGUGGGGAAGUUUUAUAGGGCCUCUUGGGAGGGAAGAAAGGAAAUGGGGUUUCAGUUGCGAAUUGUGUGGCAGAGGGGGGAAGGAUUAUGGGGCAGAGGAGUGAAAGGAUGAUUCACCGCAAAAACCAGAGCCAUGUUUUCAGAACAGUGGAGCUAGCAAUGGCAGGUCUUCCUCCUACAAACAAAACAAACUGUUAGAGACUUUGGGGCUCAGCAGAUGGGCCCCUACAGCAUAGAGAUGAGCCUUCACCCCCAUAUCCAUGGGAGCAACACCUUUCUGAGACUGUGUAUCAGCACUGCCCUGGUUGUAAAACCACUAUCUCCAACCUUCCCCAGGGAAUAAACAAAACCAAACCUUUCCUCCAUUCCCAAAGUCAGUCAGAGUUCAUUCAAAACCUCUGCAAAGAAAAAUGGGGGGGGGGAGAGCAAGGUCGCAUGGAGCAACACAUGAAAGGGUGGGUGGGUGUGCACCCACCGAAGGUGCCCACCUCUUCCUCAUCUUGUUCAUUGUCCACAUUGACACACUACCACAAGUCCUGUUUUGCCCAGGUGCUCAACACUGGUGGCGCAGGCGAAGAACUGGUGUGAGGUGCAUUGCAGCGAAAGAUGGGCCUCUCUUUGUUUAAUUAUGCUGGGUUCUUAGAGGGGGUGUGUGGAAAGGUGUGUGUGUGUUGUUUUUAAAAUAAAAUUGCCUUUUAAGCCAAAUCCAAAAUGGAAGGGUUGCAUAGCUGCAAAAUAAGAUGCUGCUGUUGUGUUCUCUGGGGUAACCCUGCUGACCCACACUCGGCAGGCGAAGGGGGUGUGUGCAUGGCAUACGGCAGUGCGCUUAGAGAAGGGCUGGCGGAAACUAAUGGUUUUUCCUCAAGAGGAGAAGUGGGCUUCCUCCCACAGUUUUAGAACCGUAAUAAACAGGUAUGAGACAGCUCCUCAGUUCACGUGCACCAGCACUGCUCAAAAUCUUUUUGUUUCUUUUAUUUCCCAUGGAGUGGGACUGCUUUUGCACUGCCCCAAACCUGAAACUCAAAAGCAGAUAAACUAACAAGGCCUGGGAUGGAAGUCGCGGUGUCUGCAUCGCUCAGGAAAGGCUAGGUUCCUGAAGGCUGGCUCUGAAAAGGGCUCCACCACAUCCCCCUUCACCUCAACAAAGAAAGGGUUCUCAGCCCCAUUGUUCUUCAUGGGGCCUGCUAUUGGGUAUCUUUGGAAAAUCUAACCAAUCCAUUUUGCCAAAGGCAGACACCAUGGCUUCCAGCCUUUUCUAUGCACACUGCUCUAUACCGUGCCAAUAACACACACACCCUCCGCCUAUCGAGUGUGGGUCAACAGGGUUACCCCAGAGAGCACAAUAGCAGCAUCUUGUUUUGCUACCACGAAACCCUUCCAUUUUAGAUUUUGCCACAGAACAGAGGAUUACUAGAAUAUCUACUGGCUUGAAGUCUUCGAGUGAGUGAGUAAGUGAGAAAACUAAAUUUAGGCAUGGCUAGAUGAAGCAGAAGAUGGGGGCUAUUAAAAAAAACCUACAGGGGUAUAAAAAUGCAAAUAUUCAGCUUGCUCAAAAUAAAUGUUUGGCCUUCAUUAAUCUACUCCCAGGUUAAAUACAAUCAUGGUUUUCCUUUGCUUAAGUAGCUUUCUUCAUCAAUCAAAGCAUAGAUUGUUAAAAUAUCCAGUGUUGGGAUGGCUUACCAUCUAUGUUAAAGGGGGCCAUUCAGUGACAUUGCUAAACAGCAUUUUUAAUUAGCAGCAUAAAUACCCACUGAUUUGCUUCCCUGUUGUCCUUGAAAGUACAUUGACAAUGGGGUUGAUUUCCAUUCCCACAUCCUGGGCUUCAGGAAUAAAGAGUCCAGGAGUCCUCCAUCCCUAAAUGUAAAAAUGAAAAUCAGGUGUAGCUAUUUUGAUGAGCAAAAACUGUGACACCCCCCAUCUAGGUUUUUGGGAGAGGUACCCAAGCAUGGAUCUGUUUUGUGCAAAAGGCACCAUGAGAGGCAAAGUUCUGCUUGGAGCAUAUGCACGCUCCAUGGAAACUGUGUUUUUAAAAGAGCUGCUUGUAUGCUCUCGACUUAAUCAUGGAGCAAAACAACGCGGCCCUUCAAGUUACGGGAUUUAUAAAGGAUGCAAGAUAAGUUCAUAUUCUGAGUGCAGGCAUCUGCCAAGGGCACUUUAUUUAAUUAUUAAUUCUUUAAUUAUCCAUCCUGAUCUCCACCCUGUUCCAGCUCAGCAGCUCCUGGGCAGGGAAAUACAGUAGUACAUAAGGAAAAACAAGGUGUUAAAGAUAUACAAAUGCACAAAAAGCAAAUGUUUGUGGAAACAGGUUCAAUUUACCAAAUACCUAGUUAACAGCCAUUGAGGAGUUUCAAGCCUUUGGGGGGAAAUACAUUUUAUAGACAUUUUAUAGAAAAACAGUUCCAUUGCUGUGAGGCAACCCUCCACGUAGCCUUUCUGCAUGGACUUGGUGUAUAGACAGUGGGCGCUCUGGGUUGGUCUUAAAACUGGUGAUGGAACAUGAGACUGAAUGUGUUAUCUUAUGGGCUGAGCUAAACGUUAGGAGAAUCAUGCAGUACAACCCUCUGUCCCUUCAGAAUGAAGGUUGUGUGAAUCUUGAGCUUGAUAACAUGUAAAACCCCUCCCUGUGGAAAUCUAGUAUGUAAAGGAGAAGGGUUCUGUGCUUGCCUUCUUGCUGGCAUGCUAUGGAUUGUAGUCAACUAAGUCCUACUCAGUAGACCCACAAAAAUUAAUGACCCUAAGUUAGUCAUGUCUAGUAACAUAAACAUGGCUACUCUGAGUAGAACUAGCGUUGAAUACAACUCUUUGUCUUUGCAUUGCAUCCAUUUAGUGAGCAUUUUGAAGCAGUAUAGCUCUUUAUCUGAUCACAUAGAUCAUCUUGAAUAUUCAGGUGCAUCAAGAACAGCCAAAGAAGGACCUCACUAUUUUUUAAAUAGGGACUGCUGGAGCCAUCAUGAGAUGCAUGACUUUGAGUGCAGGAGGCCCUUGUUCAGCCCAACGGAUUAAUGAUGUGGUGAUAGUGUCAUGUAAUACAGUAUAUAGAUAGAACAUUUCAGUCAAAAGUGGUGGAGUUAUGUGGAAAGCUGUAACUUCAUUGACUUUUAGCAGAAACCAUACUAUUAGUGAAAUUAUCCUCCUUGGCAUUGUGGCUGAAGGUGGUAGCACUAUACCCCCGCCCACUGCAAGUCAAAACCCUGUUUUCUCUGCACAGCAUAAUGGGUGGAGCAUGCCAGGCUGUGAAUGAUGCUUCAGCCAGCCAAAGUCACCAUGGUUUGGUCUUAGCUUUUCCCCACACUCACUUUUGCACAUACCUGCACCAGUGAUUUAUAUACCAUGACCUAAGUUUAACAGGAGCCACCUCUUCUGCAGUUGUGUAGUAUGGCAAAUAAAUUGCUAAGUUUAACUGUGGUUGUUCUCCUCUAGCACAAAACCAGAGAACUUCCCAGGAGAAUCCUAGAGCUUACUCCUGUGCAACACAAAGUGGAUUGAACGGCACAAAUAGCAGGGUGUGGGACAUUUAAAAAAAUGUUUCUAGACCUCAUGAUUGCAACAAAAUAAUGCUUUCUUCUUUAACAAUAAUACUUAGGAUUUAUAAAGUGUUUCAGUUAUGUUAUCUUGGUUAUCUUUACAGCAACCCUCACAACUAGAGUGGGACUCCCCUAGUGCUAUUUGAGGGAGAGGGAGUUGCACCAAUACUAUGCUGGCAUGAGCUGGUGGAAGUUGCAGUCCGAAAACACCUGGAGGGCACCAGGUUGGUGAAAUCUAGUAUAGAGAGUGGAAAAGGGAAAAAAGUCACCAGUUCUAGACAAACUUCCUGGCAUGUCUGUGCUGGAGGAAGGUGCCUGGAGAAGUUUUAGAAUGUUGUUCUUUAGAGGCUUGCAAAAUUGGCGUAAUUUUGUACUUGGCUUAAUUAGACCUGGCUUUUUUUUUUUUGCUAGUGCCAAGACUCAGCUCUAGAAUGCAUGUGGUAAAAAUGGAUGAAAGUGCUGUUGAGAAGGUGCAGGGAGCAUUUCCUUCACAUGUGUAAAAUGCAUUUCCUUUGACAGUGAAUAGUGACGUUGUCCUUGCUCAUUAGGGAUUGGUGAGGGGUGUAUUCCAAAUCGGCAAGUGGUGUUUCCAGCAAAUUUGAAUCCUGAGACCUAUUUUUCUAGAAAAUUAAGUGGUGCUCAUGAGAAAAAGAUAGGCAAAUCUUAUUUCAGGUUUCUAUACGUGUAAGGUAGAAGUGAGGAAUCUCCGGCCUGGAGGACAAAUGUCUAAGCCUCUAUUUCUGGGACUUUUUCCACAGGAGCCAAACUCUCACUGGCUUUGUUUUGUACCCUAAGUGUUUUAAUGCCUUGCUGGAAUGUGUCCUUGAACUCUAAUAAUGUCUCCUCCUUGCUUCAGUGAAAGAUAGCAAGGGGUGUGUGAGCGUGUGAAGAAAAUACCCUAAUGUACAAAAGUAACAUUUGCAUUUGUUUCUCACCCCUGGUAUAUCAGAUCCCAUGUGUCACAGCAAGGAAAAGAUAACAGUACAGUACUAUUGCCUGCUUCACACAUUAUUAUUAUUAUUAUUAUUAUUAUUAGGUAUACGUGCCAAAUUUUAUCACAUGUAUUUCAACAAAUGUAACUUUUUUGACAAUAGUCAAAUAGACAAUAGUCCCAGAAAACUGAUUUUUACCAGAGCCUCUGAGUCACACCUGAGAGCCAGUUGCACAUUCUCCACAUCUUGAGGAGAAUUCUGGAUGGUUGUUCAUAUUGUAACAUAGCAAUUCCCAACUUGCCAUUGAAAGUAUAUUCACCAGAAAGCUGCCAGUACUAGGUCCUGAAUAAGACGGUUCACACAUAACAAAUCAAGUGAGGAACUGCAUGUGUAACUGGGUCGUCACAGGCAGAACCUCUAUUUCACCUCACACUAUCUUUAAACAAUACUUGUCAGUUUAUACAUUUCAGCUGCCAAACUUUCAAGUGUUCACUAAUGAAGUGUAUGUAAUAUACGUGUAUGUGUGAAGCAAAACCAUGUGUUUGACACUUAGGUUUGAAAACCUGGGUUUGUCAUAUGGAUAAUUCACAUUUGUUAAAUGUAUGUGUUUUGGGGUGGUGGUUGUUGUUUAAAACAGGCCCCCAACACUUAUGGGCCUGGAGAUACACUGGGAAAUCUAAGAAACUCAUGGACACCACAAAAUAUUCCUUUAAUGGAAGAAAAACUGCUGAUACUCAGAACACCUACAGCAAAGCGAAACAUCUACACACACUGCAAAAUAAGUAGAAUUAGCAAAAAAAGCAGGCAAAACCCCACCCAGCAAUCAAUUCCUCUUCACAGGUAACUCUGGGAGUUGUAGCUCUGUGAGGGGAAUUUGUGGCCUCCUAAAAACUCUCAGCACCCUUAACAGGCUACAGCUCCCAGGAUUCUCCUGGUUUCUAAUGAUAUCAUAGCACUUUAAAUGUAUGGUGUGGAUUCAUCCUCAGUCUGCCUGAGAGAAGCCUGUUGCUUUGUAUUUUAUACCAUUCAUUUGUUUUAGUAUUUUAAAAUUGUGAACUGACUUGGCAGCAAGGCGGCAUAUCAAAAGAAAGAAAGAAAAGAGCAUAGGGUUGUCAAGUGUGAAUCAAUUCUGAGAAGAGGUCCUGACAGAGAAUUCUGAGGGUGGACUAGCUUCAGCAGGGUGGGGCUGUUAUUUCCUUCACCUUGCAACUUUAAUUUGGUUUUCUCAGACCUCUAUACGUGUUUCUGGCCCUUUCUGAGUCUUUUCCUCAGCUCCCAUUUAUUCAGCCCUCUCCCAAUUCUCUAUAGAAGUUGUGUCCUGAGAGGGUUUGAGAACAUAAGAGUCCUGGGACCCUCUUAUAUUUUCAUUUUUACCUCAUGUUUACCUCAUGUGGAAGCACCACAACAUCAGAGGCUGGAUCACAAUUCCCUUCCAGAAGGUUCUGAAGGGCCAAACCAGUCCCUCAAAAUUGCCCACAGAACAUGGUAGCUGGGUUUUAAUGGCAUUCUUGCAUGCCCAUAUAAGAGAGCCUGAGUGAAACCAGCUUUCCCAGAGGGCUUGGCCCUUUUCAUACAUUUUUUGUUCACUAAUGAGCACAUGGGGUGUGUGUGUGUUUGUAUGUAUCAAAUUCAUAGCCUGCCCUUCCAAAGGGAGCCCAGGGCAUCUCACAGAAAUAAAAUUACAUAAGAACAAUUAAAAGCAGCACACACGACAAGCAAAAGUAAAAACUUCAUAAAAUUAUCAGCCAAAAGUCUGGACAUAUAAGAAAGUCUUUAGACGUUUCUUGAAUUCAAGUAAAGAGGGAGACCUCCUGAUUUCCCUUGGGAGGGAAUUGAGAGGGUGCCACCACUGAGAAUGUCCUGUCUCUGGUUACACCCUGCAAGCUCCCCGUGUUCUGAGGUAAUCUUUUCAGGAACCUAUGCAUGUGCACCCAAACACAUACAGUGGUACCUCGGGUUACAUACGCUUCAGGUAACAUACGUUUCAGGUUACAGACUCCGCUAACCCAGAAAUAUUACCUCGGGUUAAGAACUUUGCUUCGGGAUGAGAACAGAAAUCAUGCAGCGGCAGCGGGAGGCCCCAUUAGCUAAAGUGGUGCUUCAGGUUAAGAACAGUUUCUGGAACAAAUUAAGUACUUAACCUGAGGUACCACUGUAUAGGCUCCUCUCUGGAAAAUGGAGAGUCACAAAUCACAUGUUUAGGAGGCUGUACAGUAGAACCUCGAGUUGCAGAUGUAAUCCAUCCUGAAGGCACGUCCACAACUCGAAGCGUUUACAUCCAGAAGCACUGUGUCUGCGUAUGCGCAUGGCGCGAUUUAGCGCUUCUGCGCAUACGUGAGCGGCAAAACCCAGAAGUAACUAUUCUGGUACUUCUGGGUUGCCGCAGGACGCAACUUGAAAAAACUUAACCUGAAGUGGACGCAACAUGAGGUAUGACUGUAUAUGUUUGGGUGCAAGAGCAUAGGCCCCAUGCAAGUGAUACAUUUCCACCUUAUGAAAACAGCUCUUGUCUUCCUCCAGAUGGGUUAUGAAAGAGGUGUCAGACAUAAAGCUUUAUUGGGAUGUUUUAGGGUCCACCCCAACUGCUACUCAAAUGACUGAAAUAUAUUUGGGGCUCAGAAACUGACAGAAAGAGCCUCUCAUCACGCUGCCUUUCUUGCCAUGCACUCUAAAGCAGCAUUUUCAUACCAUGACCCAUCUUUAAUUCUAACCUGCAACUUGGGAUCCAUUUUUCUUUUUUCUUUUCACUAUACUAAUUUCAUUUUAAGGUUGUAUUUUCCUGCUUCUCUUUCUCCUCACCAUUUUUCAGGCUCUCCCCAUGUCUUUCUGCUUUACCUGAAACUGUUCUUAACCUGAAGCACCACUUUAGCUAAUAGGGACUCCCGCUGCUGCCACGCCGCCGCUGCAUAAUUUCUGUUCUCAUCCUGAAGCAAAGUUCUUAACCCGAGGUACUAUUUCUGGGUUAGCGAAGUCUGUAACCUGAAGCGUAUGUAACCUGAAGCGUAUGUAACCCGAGUUACCACUGUAUUGUGCCUAGAAGAUGCAAACCUCCAGCCUAAAAAAAACCAAACAGCCCCUGGAGAGCACAGUUCUAUAAACUGACAGGUUGGGCUAGCCCCCAUCUUUUUGGAGGGGGCCCAACAGGAUGCCAUUAAUGGUCGUGGGACCUUCUUGUCAGCAAACGUGCCCCAAGAGCCACCAUGCACAUGACCCAGCAGCAUUGAGGAAGAAAAGCAGCAGCCACUACUUGGUCAGUGCUUGCCUGUUCUCCUUCCAGGUGGCGGUCCCCCAUAUUAGGUUUCUUCCUUCUUUCAUGGUGGCCAAAAUUGAGCCUGGUAGGCCCAGCCCUCACUAUGUCCCUUCGAGGGCUAGAGCAAGGGGGUGAGGGUAGCUGCAGUGGCUCUUCAGCACUGCGACCACUCAUUCACUUGAGGUGGGCCUGGAAGUCUUGGGCUCUACCACAGGUCACCAGCUCCUGAUGCUGGCUGAGGCAGUCAACUUCAAAAUUUUGUGCCUCUUUCAACCCCUUGGCUGCAACCUUUUAUUUAAUUUAUUCAUCUAUUGAAAACACAAAUAAAAAAUAUCCAAAGCAGUUCACAAAAGCAAUAAACAAUCAUCCUAAAACAUUAAAAGACAUGUAAGCCUAAGUGGAGGAAUUCAAAACAAUAUGCACUACUGUAGAUGGUGGUAUGUGCUAAAUGAGUAUUAAUAGUCAAGCAAUAUCUGAGUGGACAGUAUUUAUUUAUUUAUUUAUUUAUUUAUUUAUUUUGACACAGGCUAAGACCACGGCCAGCUCUACUAUAAGGCAGAGUGAGGCAUCUGCCUCAGGUGGCAGAAGCUGCUGAGUAUCAGCAGCUCACAAUUGCUUUUCUUGAAUUCCCCUUUGUUGCCACACGGCCUGUUCUAGGCCCCUUAAUCUGACCAGCUAACCUGUCACCAGUGCUGAAGUCAGAUUUCAGUGUUAGUCCAGUGGCUUUUCUAUACAUUGAAUUGGGAAGGGGACCAUCUUGUUAUUUGCCUCAGGCAGCAAAAUUUCAUAGGUCAACCGUACCAAAAACAGUAUGGUCAUACUCCGAACCUAUCCAUGCAGCUCAAUGCAAAGCAUGUUUCCUUGGAAGUAGUAUUAAGUGGGAUUUACUCCCAAGUAAAUGUAACCAUAAGUUGUCUUCCCUGUGUGCUUAGCUUUUUUCUGUAUGUUUUGUUUCCUUGUCCUUUUCCUUUGCAUUUUGUGUUCUUUUAAAAAACUCGAAACACCUUUAUACCGAAAUAAGUGCAAAGAAAAUGGUGGCAGUGUCAUGGUGUGACGGUGACCCACCUGAAGCCAGGAUGUGACCCACGUGAGGGUUCCUCUGACCCACCAGAUGAAGAUUGAUGCUAUAAAUUAUUAAGAACAAGUGACAUGCAAUAAUUGUUCAGUGUUGUUUGUGUGUGUGCACGCCAUUUUUGAAAUCAAACUAGGGCAGAGCCCAGAGGAGGACCCAGGCACUACAGAGCAGGGGCCAAUGAUUUUUAGUAGAUCAUUGGAAGAAGAUGUUGCAAAUGCGUUGCAAAUGCGUUCUUUUGCAAGAUAGAAAUGAAAACAAAAGCUAUAUAUUCAGUUCACCACUUUUAAAAAAGUAUUUUGGGGUGGGGAAAAGGAGCCUCACCUAUUUCUUUUCUGUCAGCUGGGCUACAGCAGCUAGUCACCUGGCAACCCUAAACAGUGGGAUUAUUAAUUUGGUGUCAAAUCCUGGUGGAAUUGACUUAUUUGUGCAGACUGGGGGGAGGGGGUUAAAGGCCUGACCUCCAGGUAUCUGCUCAGUGAGUGAAUAAACACAUUUGAAAUCAACAGUCCUGGGUUAAAGCAUGAAAGCUACAAAGCAGUGUUUUGAAAGCUCUGGUAUCAUACUGGUAUACACACCAGAGAUCUGCUGCAACUCAGUGGCAGACCUGGUUUUUGUUUUUCUCGCCGCUUAACAUACAAAUUAGUCAAUGUUUUACAAACAAUGGAUCUUGUGGUAGUCACUGAGAUUAUUCCACUAGGAGAGGGUUCUUUUUAAAUUACGGCUUCAUUUCCAGAAGAGAUUAAGGCCAUUGCUCUGGAUAGUGUGUGUGUAUUCUGUGUCAUAGUAACUGCAGGUCUGUACCAAGAGAAACUGUAUUCUGCAUCCUGGCAAUGCAAAUUUGAGUGACAAACUUGCUUCAUUUUACGCAAUUUAUUUCACCAUUUUACUCUUGGGCAUUCUGCUGCCUCUUGUCAUGGGAAGGAGCUAUGGAGGACUCUGAAGUCUCCCAACCUCUGAAAACUUUAACCAGCAAUUUGCCAACCCUCUGAGUUUCACUAUGAAGCAAAUACUCAUAACCCUAACAGCCAGAAACUUUCUUUAAAAGAGAGAGAGAGCGCUCAGAUUCUUAGGAAUGUUAAUUUGCACCUAAUACUGUAUGCUGCGCUUUUGCAGAAUCACAGUGCACAAGCAGCCCCAAUACCUCCAUCAGGUAAUCAGGUCCAGAACUCCCACUGAGACCAGUGAAAUAACGGAUGCCCCACUGAGGCAGGCCCAACUCAUUCAAUGUUUUCCAUUGCAAUACAGUAGAUCUAGAGCCAAAAUAGAUUGCCAACUUGAGUGCCUCUUAGUAAUGUGAACAAAACCACGCAGGGGCAGACCAGAGUGGGGAGUGUGCACUGAGGAGGAAGAAAAGUCCGUGAAUGAGCAUGUAAAAUUUCUAGCAAAUUCAAGCAAACCUUGGUUCUGCAGAUCAGACUGGCUGAGAAUCUAGGGCAGUAGGAAAUUGUCUCCUGAAGCUCAGCUUAAUUCAAUUUCCUCCCCCCCCCCCAACAACCCAACGCCUUUGCCUCAGGACCCCUCCCCCUAUACUUUGCACCUGCCCAAGCUUCCUUUCCUGUUGUCACCCCCUCCCCUUCCUGGUCGGGCAUGGAAAACAUGUGUCCAAGAUGACCAUCCCGACAGCGACACACCCACUUUCUACUGUACUGCGAUACAUUCAAGAUCCGCGCCUGGCUGCUGCUGCUGCUGGCAGUGCCGUUUUUUCAUGCAAAAACAGUUUACACUGGCAAUGCAGUGAGGCACAGAUAUUCCAAUGGUUGGCUGGCGAUCUGUAGCACAUGCUUUAAUGAUAAUAAUAAUAAUCUUCAUCAUCUCCAGGUUUUGUUUAGCUUAACCCCUCCCCCCCAAUGUGUUAACUGUACAGCAGAUAUAUAUAUAUAACCUUUAUUUAUUUUUACAAAGUCUGUAGGAGCAUAAUAGGAUUUCCCCCCCUUGCCUAGAUAUGUUUAUUUCAUAAAGGAAUCGUUCUAAUUAUUAUUCAGCCUGUGCUGCAAGCCAGGGUUAAGAUUUUCAAGAUGCCCGCCUCUGUCUGGCCAAGUAAAGGGAUUUUGAUUAUACUUUGUAGAAUGGAUGCACACCUGAGACAUAUUCUGAACACUGAGAAAAAUUAAGUGUGAACAUGACAAACAGGUGUUUGAAAAAAUCAUGGUAAUAUCGGGGUGCUGCAACCUCCCUAGGAUCACCUUAGGCUCCCUAUCUAUCUGGCUUUGUUUCAGUGUCAAGCAGCCCACAGUAUAAAUCAAGACAUACAUUCCCUCACUCACCAAAUAAAAAAUGGAAGUCUAAACAGCAUUGGCUAAAUUAUAAGUAUUUGCAAGUAACUGCUUUGAACCUAUGAACAAUUAGAUCCUUAAAAGAGUAAUCUUUAGCCUUUCCAGGCUGGAGACAAGCCUGUAACAUGCCAUGUAGGAUCACACUGCUGAUUUUCACCUUCCUGUUUAUUUCUAUGAACAGAAGAAGCUGCCUAAUGCAGAACCAGGUCACUAGCCCAGUGCUGCCUCCUUUAACUGGCAGUGGCUGUCCCAAGGUCGCAGGAAAAGGCAUUUCCUUUCUUAGCCACCUAAGGUUUGUUUAAAUAGAGAUGUCAAGGAGUUGAGCUGGGAUCUUCUGCAUGCAAUGCUGGUGCUUUACCCUUGAACUGGGCCCCUGUCAAGCUGGUAUCAUCCCCUCUGUUUGUCUCCUGCUUGAUUUCAUCCUUCUCUCUAUCUUUGUAUCUCAAACUCACUCUCUCUCUCCCCACCCCCUUGCAACUCCAAAUUUACAAGGAGCAAGAGGCUGGGAUCUGACACAGGGCCUUUCCCAUUAUAGCAUCCAUCCUUCGGAAUUCACUGCCUGGGAAAAUCCACCAAGCUAUUUCCUUUGUUCUUCCACCAACCUUCAUACACACAAAACCUUUCCCAGACUAUUGUUAUUGAUGCUGAGUUUGUUUAUCCUGAUUUUGACUGGUGUUUGUGUUUACAUUAGGUUGCAUAGUGUACUUCCAUAGACAACAUUGUGCAGGAAAAAGGGAAGUACCUGCAUAACUGCAACACCUUUGCUCUCCAACUACAGGAGGACCUCCCCCCUUUGUCAUUUCACAUUUCCACCUGCUGAACAUGAUUAAACUGAUCUUAAGUCUUUAUUUUUAAAGACUUCAAAAUGUGCAUCAGAAUGUAUAACCUAAUAAUUGUUCCGGCUGUAGGUACGAACUGACUGUGACAGAUUGCUUGUGUCCAUGUGCAUGCAUUUAUUAGUGCAUUUAAGUGCACUUGUUCGGAUGCAAUUGUGGAGAGUCUUGACUUCUAAGAGACCAAACAUCCUUAGAAGGCAAGAUAGAGACAAGCGUGGAGUUCAUGAUAUUAUUUUAAAAGAUAUUUUAUGCAGCAAAGUAACUUGUGGAUUUACAAAGAUUGGCUUACUGCACUAUUGUGUCAAGUAAAAGGGUCUCCACCUUCAUUUCUACCUGACAUGCUAGGUUUCUAUGUGCAGGGAGCAUUCAGUUACAUGAGCUGCAGCCUGAAAUGGUACAACCUACUUCAUUUAGGGCCAAACUUGACAUGAUGGCAGCUAUUAUGUGUGUCCUGACCUAGCACUACCCCAACCACAUAGGAGCAGGAAUGGGGGUGGGGUCCUGUUCUUAAAAUGGGGGCAGGGCAAACAUGUGAGCCCCCAUUUUAUGGUGUGCUUCUCUACAGCCUCUCUCCCAGCUCCAAGUAGAGAAAGUUCAGCAUCCCUUACCUCCUUUUGCUUUUAAACUUGCACAGACACACUCACUUGAUACAUAACAGGGAUUGUUUAGUGUUUAAAUAUAUCAUGCUCUACCCAUUGCAUCUACCGUAUAUUGGCCCCAGGAACAAGGCCUAAUCAUACAGGUCUUCAUGGUCAUUUGAGAUGUCCAGAGAAACAAACAAUUCAGAUGUGCACACAAUUUCUCUCACUUUCAUGCUCCUAGUGGUGCAGUAAUAAAACUGCUAGCUAAGCAGGCUCUGGUAUGGUUUCAAACUAGAUGAGGGACCCUGUGCUGAGAUUUCUACAUUGCAAGGGGUUGGACUAGAUGACCCUCGAGGUCCCUUCCAACUCUAUGAUUCUAUGAAUGUUUUUUUUUUCCUUUGCUUUUUGGCACGCUGGAACUCAAAAAGCUUUGCUAUAUGGCUUGGUUUCCUUAAUUAACAAGGCCCUUAAUUAACGAGUUCUUGUUUAGAAGUGGUGGAAGAUCCCACAGCUCCACUUGAGGUUGAGAGAACAUCUACUCCACCAACGUAUAUUGGUUUUAUACCAAUUUGGUUGUCAUGUGUCCCUCCCCACAAAAACACAAAGUACACUAUCCUGGGAAUUGUAGUUUGGCGAGAGAGUCUCAAACCCCUAUAUCAGAACUACAAAUGCCCAGAGCAUGGAAAUGACUAUAAAAUCCGUUCAAGACUGUACUGCAGAUAUGUUCUGAGUAUGGAUAUAAUGGGUGGGAAAACCUACCCCAACAAUUCAGUCCAAAUUCAUAGCAGAGGAAAACAAGCUCUGAAACGGUUACGUUACAAAAAUCGAGUUGAAUUAGUAACUUGGGCCACAUUGCAGGUGUGCAAUUACUUGGAAAGGGAUUCCGUUUUUAAGGCUUCUUUGGAGUAUGGGGGACUUUUAAGACAGCAAACUUGUUCUUGCAAGCAUUCCGCCAUCAAGUCAUGUUUGCAGCUCCGCACCCUAUUCAUUCGACUUUGAGGCAAUUUCCUGGGACAUGGCAGAAACAACAUACAUGACAGGGUGGCAAGCAUUCACAAGUCCAGCCCUGCCAGGCAAAACCUAGCAAGAAAAGUUAACAAUUUCCCUAGAUCACUUCCACGUGCAAAGAGGUUGGCAUCGAUAUUGUCUUCAGCUCACCUACUACUCAGUAGUGUGCCUGCUUGGGCUGGGAGAAUGGGGCAGAAUAUGCAGGGAUGUGUACUUCUUGCUUCCUUCAUGUAGGGGGGGGGGUCUCACCUCCCUCCAACUCUGUUUCAAGAGGAAGGGUUCCCUCCAUCUGCCUGACUCUGCGGCACCCUUUGUCCUGUUUCUGGGCCAGUCACAGCCUCCCCCACCCAUGGUUGCCUGCCUGCCUCCUUUUGUCUGUUCCUUGAUUCCCCCUCCCCCUUUCCUCCUCUACGCUCUCCUUGUCAGGGUCCCUUUUGCCUUUUGGUCUGCAGCGUCCCCCCUCCUCUUUUUUAUUUUUUACCCUGCCUGCAUCCCUUUCUCCCCCCUCCCCAGAGAGCCUUGUGCAGCAACAUUUGUCCCCAAUUACAUCUCUGCCUUGGUUUCCUUCCCAUCUGCGCCCAGCAUGGGCUUCCCCAUCCUUUGUCUCUCCGUCUCUAUCACCCCUUUGUUUCACCUUUCCUAUUACACGAGGGCUCUUUCAUUGCUCUUCCUCCCUCUAGCUCCGCUCAGCCACUACUACCACCACUACUACCCAUUAAAUCAGGGAGGGCCUCCGUGUCUAUCUUAGCUGAACACAUCUGGGAAGAAGAAUCGGUCGCCACUGUUUUGUCUCCUAAACAGGCCCUGGACGGCGGCAGAUUUUCACAAUGCAGAUUCCCGGCCCCAAUGAAAUUGAUCCUUUCGGUGCAGUGAGAGAGAGAGAGAGAUCAGUCCAUUAGGGGCAGCAUUCCCCCCUCCCCCCAACUGCACUGCAUUUGUAUCCUCCCAAGGCGCAAAGCAGCAGUGAGUGGGGCUCUCUGGCUUUCUGCCAGUGCUUGCCAUCUAGACUGGGAUUUCUGAAAACAUACCUUACCUCAAGUCUUUCUUGGGAUAAAUUAUUUAUCCCAGUUCCAUGAAUACAGAGGAGGGAAGAAAUAAGUUUUUGUCUCUAGGAUAUUUCAUCUUGGAACAUCCUACUUUUCGUUUGUUUGUUUAAUGAUGUUAUGCCAUAAGGGCAGGGAUGGGGAACUUUUGGCCCUCUGGGAGUUGCUGGACUACAGCUUCCAUCAGCCACUGCCAGGAGGGCCACUGGUCAGGGAUUGUGGGAGUUGUAGUUUAACAAUGUUCUUGUUCUCCAGCUCCCAUAAACCCCCAGCCAACAUGGCCAAUGAUCAGGUAUGAUGAGGGCUGAAGUCCAGUGACAUCUGGAGAGCCACAGAUUCCCCAUCCUUGUUCAGUGGAAUUUUCUUUUUUCUGCCACCUUCACUAGCAUUCAUCAGACCUUUUAUAAAAUGCAGUUGUGCUUGAAAUGGCCUCAUACGUGGGGCAAAGAAUUGCAUCCAGGUGAUCUCUCCAAACUUGUGAUUCCCAGUUGCUGGUAUUCAGAGGUGCACUGGUUCCAAUACUGGAGGUAGUACAUAGCUGACAUGCCUGGUAGCCACUGAUCCUCCAUGGGUUAGUCAAAAGUAAGGACUUAGGGCACUUACCCCCAGUAGUUUAUUGUGGAAUCAGUGCUUUUUACAGCAUCAUUUACUGAGGGGGGGGGGGGAUAAUAAGAUUUUGCAUAGAAAAAGAAACUAGAGAUUUAGUAAGAAAGUAAUAUGGGGCAGCAUUUUGAUGAUGACAUCAUAUGGAUGCAUUUUGCUUGUGGGGAACAAAUCAUGGAAUGUUAGCGCUGGAAAGGAGAAAUGUAACCUAGGACUCGGCUAGAUUGGUAAAGAAAAAGCAAUUUACAUGUGUUGUAUAUGUGAUACAACAUUGUGCCACCAGAUGGUGAUGUGGUCUCCCAUUUUUCUCUACCUGUUUUCCCUGUUUAAAUUUACAACACAUUUAACUGAAACACUUCUUUGAUGUGUCUAGAUGCAGCCCUAGAGUGGUGGAAAUGCUACCUUACUCACAGCGUUCCAAGAGACUGUCUUGCUGGAUCAGACCAAAGCGUCAGUUAGUCUGGUUCCCCACAGUGACCUACCCCAGCCACUGGUAUUUGGAGGCAAACUACCUUUGAACAUGGAGACUUGAUUUUGUUAUCAUGGCAAAUGGUGAUUGAAAAAUCUCUCUUCCAUAACUUUGUCCGAUCCCCAUAAGGAUUCUGUAUAACAUCCAACAUGAGAGGCAGCCUGCCAUUGAAAACUAGUUGCUGGGGAGGGGGCUCCUGCCUUCAUGCCCUCCUUCCCAUAGACUGGAAUAGAUGGAUCUUUGGUCUGAUCCAGCACAGGCUCUUCUUACAUUCCUAAAGCCACACAGAAUAGUGGUUAUCAGCACACAUUUCUCCAACAAACCCCCUUAGUUGUUGUCUGAAGAAAUAAUCUUCUCUGAGGCCUAUUAAAAACACUUUAAAACUAGUUUCAAUCAUAAAAAUAAGGUGGGUCCUGAAAAUAUACACUUCAUGUCAAAAGCCAGGGUAAAGAGAUGUGUCUUCAGUAUUCUCUGGAAUAUUGAAGGUGCCAGACUCACCUCUGUGUGGAGGGAGUUCCACAAUUUAGGGGCUACCACAGAGUAUGUUCUUUCCCAUUUUUCCACAUGGCGCAUCAUUUCAUUAGCCCGUUAGUUGUCUUUUUGCUAAACUAAAAAGCCCAAAACAUUGUUUGUAACCUUUCCUUCUAGGGUAGUUGCUCCAGCGCACUGAUCAUUUUGGUUACUCUUUUCUGUCCCUUCUCGGAUUCUUCAAUGUCAUCUUUAAGGACUUUGUGGUGGCCAGAACUGUACAUUGCACACAUCCUCAGUGUCUUUCAGAACUGGGCCUACCACUAACUCGUAUAUCCUUUGUUUCUUUUCUGUCUUUAAAGGUUGCAAAAUCAAAGCUCUGAGGGCAAAGACUAACACCUACAUCAAGACUCCAGUACGUGGGGAAGAGCCUGUCUUUAUGGUGACUGGGCGGAGGGAAGACGUCGCCAUGGCAAGGAGGGAAAUUAUUUCUGCAGCCGAGCACUUCUCCAUGAUCCGCGCUUCUCGUAACAAGGCUGGCACCACCUUCGGCAGUGCUCCAACCUUGCCGGGGCAAGUCACCAUCCGAGUCCGGGUCCCAUACCGCGUGGUAGGCUUAGUGGUGGGGCCUAAAGGAGCUACCAUCAAGCGGAUCCAGCAGCAGACCAACACCUACAUCAUCACACCCAGCCGGGACCGGGACCCUGUCUUCGAAAUCACGGGAGCCCCAGGCAAUGUGGAGCGGGCCCGAGAGGAGAUUGAAACUCAUAUAGCCGUCCGGACAGGCAAGAUCCUAGAAUACAACAACGAGAAUGACUUCCUGUCUAGCAGUCCUGACUCGGGCAUGGAGAACCGAUACUCAGAGGCCUGGCGGGUUCACACUCCAGCCCCUGGAUGCAAGCCUCUCUCCACCUUCCGUCAGAACAGCCUCGGGUGCAUUGGCGACUGCUCUGUGGACCCUGCCUAUGAGACACCCCGGCUGAAUGACCAAAAUGAUUUCAAUUACAGUUACCUCUUCCCCAACUAUGGUGUCAACAAACAAGAUCUGUAUUAUGGCGUGCCAGAGUCUGGUGCUCCUUUGUGGGCUGGGCAGGAGAACACCAACCCUGUCUCGGUCCUCUUCUCCAAGCAGCAGCGAUCUAGCAAUACGGGCACCAUCCAUCCCAACUCGCACCGCUCCCCAUCCUCAUCUAUACAAGAGCCUACCCUCUCUGGGCUUCCUAGAAGGUCUCAGGGGGAGCCUUUGCAAGGGUUUUCCAAACUGGGUGCUUCUGCUGCCACCCGGACGUCCAUCUCCAGCAGCCGGGAGUGCAUGGUGUGCUUUGAGAGUGAGGUGACGGCAGCUCUGGUCCCCUGCGGCCACAACCUCUUCUGCAUGGAGUGUGCCGUGCGGAUCUGUGAGCGGACUGACCCAGAAUGCCCCGUGUGCCAUGCAGCAGCCACUCAGGCCAUUAGAAUAUUUUCUUAAGAGAGAGAGAGAGAGAGAGAGAGAGAGAUUGAGAGAGGGGGGAAAAGACAACAUAGGGGGAACUGAAGUGGGUGACAGGACGGGAGGGAGGGGACAGCAGAGAGCGAGAGAAAAAUACAGAUAUGAAAUAAUUUGAAGAAUGAACGAAUUAGGGGGGAAAACAAAAUGAAAUUAAUUUAAAGGAGAAGAAAGAAAUUAUUUUAGGAGCAAUGUAGGGUUAUUUUUAAAGAAAAUAAUAAAGAUGAUGAUAAAAUUAAAAUGGAGAAGCCAGGAAUAUUUGGGAAGGUAAUCACUACACUAUAAAGCCUGUAGUGUCAUUUUUAAAUCGAGAAACUCUUUAACACACACGCAAGUGAUUCUCAAGCAACGUGGGAGGUACGAUGUGGUGGCAUUUUGGGGCAGGGCCUGUGGUUUCUGCCAGCAACAGAGAGAAGUCAUUACUGGACAGGUCAGGGGUCGUCUUCUCAUCCCGCAAACCCAGCCUUGGCCUUGGUCUGAACGUGGUCUGAAGUUGCUGGGCCCUUCAACCUGCCUGGUGGAUGAAAAGCUCAGAAAGAAGUAAAUCAGGAAGGGAAACAAGAAAGAAUAAUGAGAGAAACCAUCAGCCUCUGGGAACCUGAUCAAACGAGGGCACAACUGUAUUACCUCAAAACACUUAAAAAGAAAAAGAAGCAGCUAAAGAUCUUUAUAUUCUUUUUCCUCUAUUUUUUUCCUAAGAAAAAAAAUUAAAAUGAAAAAUAAUAUUAGAGCCAGUGAAAUGGGGAAAUGGGGGUGUUAGAAGAGCCCCGAGAUAAAAUCCUCCUGGCCACCGUUUUAUUUUUCCAUUUUGAAUCUUCUGAGCCACCACAAAACUCUUUUGAACUUUGAUUUUUCUUUUUCCUAUUCGAGCAGGGAUUCAUCUAAUAAGAAUCAGGAGUCACUAACAGGGUAUUUUCCAAAAACAAACCCCCCACACCACAAAUCAACGCUUCCAUAUUCCCACUCAAGGGGGAUUUGGUGAGGGUUGACAUCCAGGUUUCUGCAUUUCGCUCCCCGCACUUGCCAAGCGAUGCAAUUUCAAACAUUCAUGCAAAAAGACAAACCUUGUUUUUUCCUUCCUUUGUUUCUCUUCAUUUCAACAACGACAAUUUCGCACCAAAACCUAAGAAAGAUGAUCAUGCAAUACUGGCAGCGAAGCCCACUUAAAACAAACCCACAACCCAACAGAAAGCAAAAAAUAUAUAUAUACGAAUUAACAUGUUUAUAUAUAAUUUUGUCGUCUUUUUAAAAUGGACCAAAACUUUUGUUACACAAAAUCAAAUAAAGAGAUAAAAUAAGAGUAUAUCCUUAUGGACCAAAACCUCUUUUUGCUGUCCUCAUCUGGAUCUUCCUGAGGUUGCCCUAGUUUUAUAUAUUAUAUUUUUUUCACAAUGAAGCAAACAGACACAUGCUC